CUUACUCACCGGUCUUGGUCCUCACCGCGACCUCUACUGGGCUGGAGUAGUUUCGAACGUAAACUUACGCUCCUUCACUGUGCUUUCGCUGUGUGCGCAUGCCCACAACAACAGUCGGCGUGACCCGGAAGUGUGCAGCUGGCUGCCUACAGAUACAUCUAACGUGUUUGCUCCUGGCUGGGAAUCACUGUCUUCGGUGAUGGAGGCACCACCUUCUGUCCUGGAGGACUAUUGGACUCCACUGGAAGAGGUUAAGGACAUGCGUGUGGAGGCAGAGGCGGUGGUGAAGGAUGUGCUGUUUGCGGUGAGCCGCAUGUUCGUGUCCCAGAGCCUGGCCAGUGGCUCGCGAGACCUGGCCUACAUCAACUUGGAGACACGCGAGGGGCAACACUACUGUCUGGAGCUCAGCCAAGCUGGCCUGAAGGUGGUGGGCCUGGGCUUUGACGUGGUGGAUGUGGGCUACAGCGCCCCCUACCAUGAGACGGUGUACUCGCUGCUGGACUCGCUAAGCCCCGCCUAUCGAGAAGCAUUCGGCCACGCCCUCCUCUCUCGGCUGGAGACGCUGGCCAAUCAGAGGCUGGAAGAGGACGACCAGUGACCAAUGGAAG